CGUGUCGGCGAGAAGCGCGCGUUGGCCAGCUUCCAAAAUUGUCAACGGCCCCGUCGAACGCCUCGCAAAGGACGUAAAUAAUAACCCGAAAGUCGCGAUCGAUCCUUCCGGCGAUCAUUCCGAGCGAGAUCCCGAAUCCCCCAGGCUGCAUCGCGUUUUGUCUCCGGUAAUAAUUACGCGCCGGCAGCGCCCAAGAGUUAGGUUAGGUCGACGCGAUCCGCUGCGUCGGAAAGGCGUGCUCCCCUGCGGAAAUCAGUCACGGACGCGAGUGAACCAUUUCUUUCACCACCGACCGGUAUCCGUUUACGCCACCGCGUCGUCAAGUCGGAUCAUUGGCUCGUCAUUAAACCUGCACGUGUCAGCAGGAACCACAUAUGGCACAAGCAGUGCUUCAAGUGCCAGGGCUGCGGGAUGACUCUGAACAUGCGGACCUACAAGGGCUUCAACAAACAGCCGUACUGCGAGGCGCACAUACCAAAAGUCAAGGCUACGACGAUGGCCGAGACACCGGAGCUUAAGAGAAUCGCGGAGAACACGAAGAUCCAGAGCAACGUGAAGUACCACGCGGAGUUCGAGAAGGCGAAAGGGAAGUUCACGCAGGUGGCGGACGACCCGGAGACCCUGAGGAUCAAGCAGAACAGCAAGAUCAUCUCGAACGUGGCCUAUCACGGGGAGCUGCAGAAGAAGGCCAUCAUGGAACAGAAGAGGACCAUGACCGGCGAGAACGGCGAACAGAUCGAGUACGUAGAGUACACGGACGGUACGAUCGCCCCGGCGGCCAGCGUAAACGCGAACCCUCCACCGCCGAGAACGGCUAACUCGCCGGUACAGAAGACGCCGGGAAGGAUCGCGGAUUACGAUCCGCUUAGCGAGACCAGGCCGAGUCCUUAUUCCGCCAGGCAAGCCGCUACAACGGUAAUUUACACGAGCGACAAAGGUGCAGUGACGAAUCCGCCCACUCGAAAGAUCGGAUCGGUGGCAGACAUUGACCCUGUCAACGAGUACUACGGCUCCUUGACGCCUGCCACGAAUAACAACCACGUUCCUCAGCAUCAACCACCGGCGCCACCGCCUGCCAGCACGGGACGGGUUUACCGAGCGAUGUACGACUAUGAGGCGCAGGACCUCGACGAAGUGAGCUUCUGCGACGGAGACCUCAUUGUCAAUUGUACGGCAAUCGACGAGGGAUGGAUGACCGGGCUCGUACAACGCACCGGCCGCCACGGAAUGCUGCCGGCGAAUUACGUAGAGCCCGCGCAGAUCUAGAAUUCGGCAUGCCCGGUGUCAGCUCUUCUCGAUCCUAGCAAAGGCAACAUAUCAAUCGUAACGAGACCUGACUCCGGACGGCGGGCUAGGUGGGACAAAAUGUAUCGCGUUUCCGGUCUGGCCUCUCGUGAUGCGUCCACGAUAGGAAACUCCAGGUUUCUGCAUAUUUGCAUACAGCAUGCAACAUAGGAACGCGAGAUUCGGGGGUUCGUUCGCCGUCCAGCGUAGACUCUUCUCCUGUAUAAAGAAUACCUUGUCAACCGUUGAGGUCCAUCUUAUAUUGUAUUCGGUGGGAAAUUUUAUUCCCCUGGCCUUGCCGGGCGUUCUUUUUAGCGAGACGCGAAAACCACACCUCGUCACGUUUCCGCGAUAUAUAUUUAUAACAGGCACGCGGGCCUGCGGGAGUUGUUUCUUUUGUUUAAAUAAUCGGCGCAACCGAGAGGUGUCGGAAAGGGGUCUCUCCUUUGUUUCGUGGAGAACGAGUUGAGGACUCGAAUUGACAUUUUUAUUUUUUUUUUUUGUUCAAUGGCAUGCGUCAUCUUUUAUCUAUUCCAAACAAGUGCAUUGCAAGGUGUGCACUCGGGAAAUUCGAGGUCACACCUGCUGACUGACCCUGAACGAUUCCGUUAAGCUGGGACCAAACUCAACGUUUCUUUUUUUCUUUUUCUUCCCCCUUUUACGUGUAAUAGGCUGCGAAGGGUGGGAUGGACUAAAGGUGGUACAUAAUCUUUUCUUUAAACGAUGGUAUUCUCUGCGCGUCCUCGCGAAUUCUUCAUUCCGUCUGCUUGUUCUCGGUUGAAUCUGUUAACGGAGAUUUCACUGGAGUCUCGGGGAAAAUAAUGAAGAAUAUUGUAGCUUAAGGUGGAAAGUGAGGGCUUCGGUGAAACGCGAUCUCUUGAAUUAUUUUCCUCUCGGGACUUUAGUGAAAUGUCCCUGAUGAAUUUUAUUCCCGGAGAGAAGUAUAUUCGUUGUGGGUUACAUUUUCUUUGCGACGUAUGGGAAUUGUCUUUCUAGAUUAGGGACUAAUUGUUACGCCGGCGAUCGGGCACCUUUCGGCGCUUCUGUAUUUUAUUUAGAUCCUCGACAUUUACGAUCGCCGUUACUGUACGUAGCAUACGAUCUUGUAACCGGUAACACUGACUAUUUUUCCACCGCCAGGUUUGCAAUUCCAUUUGUAGCUGAGCUCGAGUGCUGAUCGAAGCAGUCGACUUAUUUUAAGAGUCUCCUGCAUACUUGUUUUCCAUGCAAAAGGAAUCGUCUCGUUUAUUUAUUGGAUUAGAUCUUACGUAAAUGGGAGGGAACUCGUGGCAGCGAUUACGGGUUAAUUCGAUGUGCCUUAAAAAUCGCGGGCUUUCGAUUAGGAUAGAGGGAAGAGAUUUUUACAACACUUUAUACAAUAUUUUCGAAGGCGUUCGGGGAUACGCACGACUUCGGCCCGAUCGAAAGCCUGCAGUGCCUUUAAAGGAAAAGAUUCUAAAAAAAAAAUACUUUAUCUAGGUAAGAAGCCGGAAAAACUUGUAAUACCGUUAAUACGAACGAUUACGUUACACUUGCCUCUUAACUUUGAAUUGUCGGGAGCAACCGGUCGGAAAACGUUGCUGCUGAUUUUAACCGAUUAACAUUUAAUAGACAUUUAUUGCGUAGACAUUAAGUUUUAUCCAGAGAGAAAUUAAACUAUUAAUCGUUCCGGGGGGGACCGAGUGAUCGACGAAUGCUUCGAGGUCGAUACGGGGUUUCGCCUUUGAGAGUAUUUUUUUACGAUUGACUAAUGGAAAGUUAUCGGAAGAAACGAGAGCGGAGAGCUUCGUUGGCAUAGUUUCACUGGAUAAUGCGUCAUUGAUCGCGUGAAGAAAAGUCUGGCGAACGCGUAAUGAAUUUUACGGCGAUAACACGCCGAGAUAGAGAAGCACAGGCAACGUUCAGCUUCGUGAUAACGGAUAAACAAUAUUUUUUUUUCAAGCGCGUUAACUGAACACUUUUUUUGUAAUCUUUAAGUCGCUGAUAGGGAGGUUUACGAUUACAAUUCGAAGUACGAUUGGAUAUAGAAUUAUAUGUUAGCGUUGUGUUUAGACAGAUAAUAUUAUAUUAUGAUAUCGAAUCAUAAAUAAUAAAUAUGUAUGUUAUGUA